UCUCCAUGACUUUGUGAAAACUUUCUGUGGAGCAAAAAAAAAAAAAAAAAAAAAAAAAAAAAAACCAUGAGUGGAUGUCCGUUUCUAGCAAAAACUCGUUUUAAAACCAGUGCUGUAGAGGAAGAGCUAGAAGAACAGGAUGCGGAAUCUCAAAAAGGCACCAACAAAGACGCCAAUGGGGCGAUUGUUUAUGGAGACUACUUGCAGCUGGAUAAGAUUAUUAAUGCUCAGAAACUGCAGAGUGAACUGAACGGCAACAAAAUCCAUGAUGAGCAUCUGUUCAUAGUCACCCACCAAUCUUAUGAGUUAUGGUUUAAGCAGAUCAUGUGGGAGCUUGAUUCGGUUCGGGAACUGUUCGUUCACAAUCACGUUCGUGAUGAGAGGAACAUGCUGAAGGUGGUGAGCCGCAUCCACAGGAUCACCAUGAUCUUCAGGCUGCUGGUGGACCAGUUUGCUGUGCUGGAAACCAUGACAGCUUUGGAUUUCUUCGAUUUCAGGGAGUAUUUGUCCUCAGCUUCAGGUUUCCAAAGCCUCCAGUUUCGUCUCCUUGAGAAUAAGUAUGGAGUUUCAGAGAAAUUGAGAGUUCCCUACAACCGUCGGCACUAUAGGGACAAGUUUCAGGGGCAGGAGAGUGAGGACUUGAUCAAAACAGAGCAAGAGCCUACACUCCUGCAGCUUGUAGAGAAAUGGCUGGAGAGAACACCUGGCCUUGAAAUGGACGGCUUCAACUUCUGGGGAAAGCUGCAAGCAAACAUUGAGAAAGGUUUCAGGAUGGAGAAGCAGAAGCUUGAAAAAAUGCCAAAUUGCGAGAAAAAGCAAGACAUGCUGGAGGAUCUCACUAAGCAGAUUGAAGUGUUCACUUAUCUGUUCGACUCCCAACAUCAUGAACAUCUCUUAAGCAAAGGAGAGCGCCGUCUGUCCUACAGAGCUCUUCAGGGAGCCCUAAUGAUUUACUUUUACAGAGAGGAGCCUCGCUUUCAGGUGCCCUUCCAGCUUCUGACCUAUCUGAUGGAGGUUGAUACACUUAUGACUAAAUGGAGAUAUAACCACGUCUGCAUGGUGCACAGAAUGAUCGGCAAUAAAAUGGGCACGGGCGGCUCCUCCGGUUACCAUUACCUGCGUUCUACUGUCAGUGACCGUUACAAAGUGUUUGUGGAUUUGUUCAACCUGGCAACAUACCUGAUCCCACGGGCCUGGGUGCCCGAGCUGAACCCCACCAUGUACAAGUUUCCUUACAUUGCUGAGUGCAAUGACAGCUCCUACAGCUCCAGUGGCUCAUGCAGCAGUGAGGAAGACUAACCAAACUCUCUGCGCUGGCAUGACUGCAACAUUCAGAUGCGCUAUAAAUGAAAAUGAUUGCUGUCUGACGUUUUUAUUGCUGAUUUGUGAAUAUUUCAUCAGAGUUACUUAUUUGUAAUUCCUAGAAAUCAUACUCAAAGUUUAUUAUUGUUAAUUCCAUCAUAAUUCUGCCAAUCUGGUAGUUGUAUUUUGUAUAUAUUAUUUAUUAGUUCAGCUAUUGUACACAAUAAUAUUUACCCCUGUUGUUUUGCCAUUUUGAAUGAACUGCAUGCUAGCAUGUGAAAAUUUUGUAAAUAUGUAUUUAACAACAUGGCAGUAUACUGUAAUUAAUGAGAGUGCAAUAUAAAAAUUGUGUAUUGUACAUUUUUAAUAGAAAUGCUGAUUUUAACUGCAUGUUUUGAGAAGUGUGUAUCAUCAAUAAACGUUUUCCUGUGAAA